AUGGCGCGGGGUGACGGGUGUCGAACUGCGAAGUACGGCGGAGGUUUAUCCUCCAGCAGGGUAUCCCAAGCUGAGAAGAAGUUCGACGUUUUCGGUUCCCCGGAUGCCCAGCUAAGAGUAGGCAAUGCCAGAAGCACCACCCUCUGGCUGAUUCAGUCGCUAGGUGGCACAUAUCUCCCUGAACCACAUGAGGUCUGCGAUUGUCAGCUGUGGUGA